GUCACAUUAAAUUUUGUUUCCCGCACUGCCCGCACUGAAGAAAAGUCUGAAUGAAAACCUCUAACCUGAACCAAAGGAAAAUUUCAAUUUGUGAAUUAUAAAGGUGAAAAUACGGAAAAACGACACUAAAAUCGGGACCACAAACUAAUUGCCGGAAGGACCUGUCGCGUUGACCGCCGCCCUCGCUCUCGUGUGAAUGUUCAAUCUAUACAAAUCCGGCGGAAGCAUCUGCAACGUAAAUCGGACCGCAUCGAUUAUCUCCACCAGCAGCAGCACUGCGGCAUCCCCCUUCGUGCGCAAGAUGGCCGGAGCGGCGCUGAACGUCGUGGUCGAGAAGCUGAACGAGUUUGCCCCGGAGAAUCUGGCGGAAAAGUGGGACAACGUGGGCCUGCUGAUUGAACCGUUUACGAAGAGGAACAUUAACAAAAUUUUGCUCACAAACGAUCUGACGGAGAAUGUGAUGAGUGAGGCAAUGGCUCGAAGUUCCGACAUGAUAAUCUCGUACCAUCCGCCAAUUUUUGCUCCGUUGAAGAGAAUUACGCAGAAAUCGUGGAAGGAGCGCAUCGUUUCGAUUUGUUUGGAGAACAAGAUUGCGCUCUACUCGCCGCAUACCUGUUGGGAUGCGGUGACCAAUGGAGUCAACGAUUGGCUAGCCGCGUCGUUGCCACUGGCCAGUGCCCAGCCCGUUAUGGAGAACCUGUCGAAUCCGUCGAUUGGCGCCGGACGUCUAUGCGUCAUUCAGGGAGAAAUAACACUGGGAGCGGCCGUCGACCGUAUUAAGGCAUACACCAAGCUGAAGGAUUUGAAGCUGGCCGUGGCCGUGAACCGGAACCUAGAGUCACCGAUACGGACCUUUGCGGUUUGCGCAGGUUCCGGCACGAGCGUUUUGAAGGGUGUGAAGGCGGAUCUUUACAUCACAGGUGAAAUGUUCCAUCACGACGUCCUGGAUGCAAACCAUCAGAACAUCCACGUAAUCCUGCUCAACCACAGCAACUCGGAACGGGGCUAUCUGCCAAUCUUUCGCGAGAUCCUGCGCAGCAUGCUCAAAGACUACCAGGGCAUCCAGAUUGAUAUUUCUGAGCAGGACGCCGACCCGCUACAGACCUAUUGAUUUCCGGUUUACCACUGGUAACACGCGCAGCAAGACCCUGGACAAUUUCAACAGCAGCAGCAGCAGCUCCAGCACCAGCAGCAGCUGCCGUCGAAGUUGUCCAGCGGUAGUUGCGGGCCAACCACCAGUGGAAUCGUCGCCCUUCCUCCUCCCACAAAUCAUCCCCAGCAGCGUCCGGCACCGCCCCCCGUCAAGCAGAAGCGAGUCGUGUGCAGUAACAAGAAGCGAAAAACUAAAUAAGCUGAUUCUGUUUCGCCGUCCGCGAAACGAUAAAUGAAACCAACAACUCUAAAAGAGUCCCGAAUAAAAAGCAAAAAGUCAUCGCAAAAAGCAUUUCUUAUGCUCGAGCUGCCAUGCAGAGAUCGUAAUUCGUAAGCCAAUUGCCAAUAUAACUAACGAAAUAUCGCGGAGAUAAAGUCUAUACAGAGCAUUGUAAGCUCUUAAAAUAUGUCAGCCGUUUUUAACCAAAAGAGAAACGUAAAAUCUAAAUGUCGUGUUUUUUUGGAGUCGAAGUUGAAGCGGAUCGAAAUUUAGUUGUAGUAGCAUGAAACACACACACACACACUUCGUAUGAUUGUAGCCGUACUUUAACUACAGAUAACCAGUCACAUCACAUUGUCGCCGUUUUUUCUAACGUGUAUAAAUGAAAUAGAUUCCAACACAGCACUUUUAGAGACAGUCAUAAUCAACCAACCAGCAGCAGAAAAAUAAUUCAUACAUAAACCAUCUUGAGUGCUCUUUUCGAUCAAAUUUGAUCGACAAUUGAACUUGAGUAGAGGCAACCUUUCCACAUAAAAUAACCGAGUGCCGCCAUCCUUCAUUAUUGCGCAUACUCCACUUUAGACAUUUUCAAAAUUUGUACGCAUUUGAAACAUUUUUGUUAAGAAAAAAAAAAAAAAAACCAUGUAAUGAAGGAUGAGUUGCACAAUUAGUAGCAAAGGUAAAACUGUCAGGCGUCACGCAUCCCAAAUGGUCGCAAUUUUUAAUUGGCAAAAGAGCAAAUGCUUUGCUAGGAUCCAGCUAAGACAAAAUUACCUUCAACGUGCUUGAAAGUCUACAAUUAUUUAAACAAAACAAAACGCUGGCCUUAAAGUUUACGUUAAAAAGUUCGGCGCGAAAUAAAACGGUUCUAGGAACGAUUCAGUUGAAGCGAUCAUCCACCAUGCAUUAUAUACAAUAACAUGAAAUAGAAGUAAAAUGUGUUCAAUUUCCGUA